CAGAGACUCUCUCCACUUGACUCGUUAGCCAUGGCAGGGAUGAGGAAUCGGACUAAAACGCCCACACCACAUAAAUCUGAACCCAUCAUCAUCAGCACAAGCAACAGACACGGUCCUGGAAUCCGGACAAUUAAUGAUCGCUCGGAAGAUCCGCUCACCUACUCCUCACACUCUGCUGUCUCGCCCUGUUACGGCGCUCAUCGUUUCUACUUUCUAGUUUUUGUUUCGUAUCAGUUCAUCGGAUGUGAGGGCCUCGGUACAGUUGCAGAGACGGCGAGUUUUCCUUUGGAUUUACUGAGUGUAGUGCCUGCACAUGUCUGCUCCCGUUUCCAAGCCAUGUUAGGAACAGGACCACCCGACGGGAUGCCCUCAGUGAAGACCCAGAUGUUGGUGAGAGUAAUCUAUUCCUGUAAGAGCCCCGGGAAAGGUCGAUCUGAGUUCCUCUGUUAUUAUUGGAAUUUCUUAGAUCGAAUUGGAGCAUUGCUCAUGUUAGAACAAUUUUGUUUUUUUUAUCAGAUGGCAAUUCUUUGCUCUGCCAGCAACACUAGCGUGGCUGUUGCACUCUGUCUACUGCUCCUAAUCCUCUGGGGCUUUUGCAAUGAUCAUCCGAUUUCAGCAUUUCUUACUCUGUUCGUGCUUGUGCUUUCCCCUUCCGCUCUAUUUGCUAUCAAACAGCUCGGAAAAGCCCAGAGGCCAUCACAGAGUUUUGCAGACAAGAAGGCAGCUACUGGCUCAGGAGUUGCAUCACUGGAAUCUGAAGGAUCGGAGUAUCAGUUGACCAGUAAGGCUCCAUGCACGGGCACUGAGUUAUCUGAAAAGGAUGAAGAGAAUUCAAUAUCCGACGACGAAAAUCUCAUUGAGAUUUCGCUCCCUGAUGGCCAUUUUCUUGCACAUGAUGGAACAAAGGCAUUGUUGAACUUGAAGCCACUGCCUUCAUUGAGUGGAUUCCUGCCAAGCCCUCUACAGGAUGCAGUGGUGAGGCAACAAGGAGUCAUGGAGCUCUUACCGGAAAUCAACGAAGAAGAAAACUUGAUCGAGAUUGACAUCGUUAGAGGCUCCAUCAAAUGCUCAAGAAUAGGAAUUAAGACAUGAACUAGGUUAUGAUAAGUUCAGUGAUAAUUCAUCCUAUUUUAAUUAGUUGUAUCAGAGACAAACGUUGGGUGGAAAUAAGUUACAAACUGUGAGAAAUAGUAUGACGUUUCUCUUGCUUUACUACAGUUUGUUACCCCUUUCAUUAAAGCCUGCAAUCCUGUUUAAAGCCUUAAA